GUUUGUGGAGAUGCGUCGUCUGACAAUAGUAGGUGAGGCUUGAGUCCGCCCGCCGCACACACCGAGCACGGAGCCUGUCACCAUCAUGUCCCGCACGGCAGAGGCAGUAUGACUGCGGGGCGGCAGGUGAGGAGCGGGAAGAUGCAGCCGGAGAGUAGUGGAGUCGGUGUGUCCCCCGCCGGAGCCGCCAUCCCUGCCCUGUGCCGGAGCCGCAGUGUCCGCGAGCAACAAGCGCAGCUCAAGCACAAGCUGAGGGAACUGCCGGCCCUACUGAGGAGCGGCCUGAGCCUGAGGAGACGGAGCUCCGUCUAUGGACCGUCACCUGCCCUGUCCGAGCACGACGACACCAACCCCGCCAACGGAGCGGUUCUGACGGAAAGAAUUUCAAACAUUUGUGUGGAUAAUUCAGCCAACAAGUCCUAUGGUGAGAGAGUGGCUUGCGCUGGCAGAGCAUUGAGGAAUGCAGUAAGAAACUUGUCUCCAGAACUUAUCCAUGAUCGGAUGUAUCUUACUUGUAUUUGCCGAAGGAGCUGUGUCGGUUCAGAGCUAGUGGAUUGGCUCUUGCAGAACUGUCCAUUUGUCCAGUGCAGAUACACAGCCGCCGGCAUCUGGCAGAUCUUGCUGAAGCUCGGAAUUCUCCUUUCAGUUGACAAACAACAUUGCUUCCAAGAUGGGUUUGUGUUCUAUCAGUUUUCUUCUGAUGAGUGCGCUGAUACGGUCUGUGAAUUCGGAAGAGACAGAGGAUGGCAGAUGGGGGUUCGGCUCCUAAAACAGCUUGCACCACUUGCUCCACUGACUUCCAAUAUUUGUGAUGUGUCUGCUGAUAAGCUAGAAAAUGGGACUGAUGCCAACAACAGAGUUCUGCAAAUUCAAGCACUUGCCCGUCUCACUUCUGCAGUGCAACGGGAACUUGCAGCUGUUAUUGCCUUGAAAGCACGGAAAUCUGUCAGCGAUGAAGAGGAGUUAAGCUGCCAAGAUGAAUCCAGCCCAACGAAUUCAGAGCACACCUCCGACACAGAGGCUGGGGUCAUGUGCAAACUACAAGGGAGAGAAGACUUCAGACGCAUAGAUUUUGUACAGAAGCUGUCCAGAGACAAUCAGAUCUUGCCACCGACUUCAAAGCCACUUGACAAGAAAGCACAAGAUGAAGAAGCAACCACAGUACAAGUGAGAGAACAGGACCAAGAUGUUCUGGUGCUUAGGAAAGUGUCAUCAGAGAAGCCAGCCUCCACAGCAGGGAGUGGCGAGACUGAUUGGAGGUACAUGGUGGUGUCUGGGACUCCGGAGAAGAUUUUGGAGCAUCUCCUGAAUGCCCUGCACCUGGAUGAGGUACAAGACAAAGAGACAGAUACCCUCCUGGAUGACUUCCUCCUCACGUACACGGUCUUCAUGACAACAGACGACUUGUGCCAAGCGCUCCUCAGACACUAUUGUGCCAAAAAAUAUGACGGCAAGGCAGAAAGCCCAGAGGCCCUGUGCACAAAGAGAAAGGUCUUGCUUCUUGCUUCCCAGUGGACGGCUCUGUACAAAGACUGGUUACAUGAUGAUGAACAUUCCAAGCUGUUCCUGAAGACCCUCUAUCGGUAUGUGUUGGAUGAUGUCUAUGAAUAUCCUAGCUUAGAAAAAGAAUUAAAGGAAUUUCAGAAAGUGUUGCGGAUUCAUCGUCGUCAUACUGUUGAUGAAUACUCACCUCAUCGAAAGAACAGAGCCCUCUUCCACCAAUUCAGUCUGAAGGAGAACUGGCUGCAGCACAGAGGAAAUGUUAACGAAAUAGAGGAAAUUUUCUGCCGAGUCUACAUAACAGAUCACUCCUACGUCAGCAUCAGGACAAAGGUAUCCAGCACUGUACAAGAUAUCCUGAAGAUAGUGGCGGAGCGGAUACAGCAUGCUGAAGAGGACCUGGCUUUGGUCACUGUCACAUUUUCUGGGGAAAAACGUGAACUUUUACCAACAGAAAUGGCAUUAUCAAAGUCACUGGAGUCAUCAAGUCGCAUUUACACUUACAGGAAGAGUGAGACUUUGAAUCCAUUUGCAGAGAAUGAAGAGGCUCAGAGCAGAUCUGUUAGAAUCCUGGGGAUGAACACCUGGGAUCUUGCUUUGGAAUUGACCAGUUUUGACUGGAGUCUCUUCAAUUCAAUACAUGAGCAAGAGCUGAUAUACUUCACAUUCAGCAGACAGGGGAAGAGUGAGAACACAAUGAAUCUGAGUCUUUUGCUGCAGAGAUGUAAUGAGGUCCAGCUCUGGGUAGCCACAGAGAUCCUGCUGUGCAGCCACCUGGGGAAACGGGUGCAGCUAUUGAAAAAAUUCAUCAAGAUCGCCGCUCAUUGUAAAGCUCAAAGGAAUUUGAAUUCUUUUUUUGCAAUUAUAAUGGGUCUGAACACGGCAUCUGUCUGUCGGCUGUCACAGACAUGGGAGAAAAUCCCAGGAAAGUUCAAGAAACUUUUCUCCGAACUUGAAAGUCUGACGGAUCCAUCCUUAAAUCACAAAGCUUACAGAGACACUUUCAAGAAAAUGAAGCCACCCAAAAUCCCCUUCAUGCCUUUACUUUUAAAAGAUGUCACGUUUAUUCAUGAAGGAAAUAAAACAUUUUUGGAUAACCUUGUCAACUUUGAAAAGCUGCAUAUGAUAGCUGACACAGUCCGAUCACUGCGAUACUGCAGGAACAACCAGUUUGGCAAUGACAUCCCGCAGAAGGAACGCCAGGAGGCCCGCUUCUACACACACAACCUGCUUGUAAUUGACAACCAGCAGACUCUGUUUGAGCUAUCUCACAGGAUAGAGCCACGAGUGUAGACACAGCUCCGUCUGGACUGGAUGACCGCUGAUGCCAAGCAUGUAGCUUUACAAAGAAAAUAUUUUUACUGAGUUUUAUCAGUAAUGAAUAGAAGAACGCAGCCAAGAAUGGAGCAGUCCCUUACCCUCAAACAGAAGUGCUGGAAUGAAAAUUCACGUUUCUGUGUCAUGUAUAAUGGCUAAACUUACUGCUUUACCAAGUAGUUGGUAUGCUAUCUGCACUGUGUGGUGGUUUCUGACAUGAAGAAACAACUACAGCUACUUCUGACUCUGGAUCUACACAGCUAGAUCUCUACAUUUCCAACAUAUAAAUUAAGUGCACUGGGGCGCAUAGUCCAGGUCAUGACCCCUGACUUUGGCUCAGUGUUCCCUAGUAUACAUACAGAAUGUAAAUUUGCUGACGGAGGUGUCAGGAUUACAUUAGUUGGCAACAGUUGCUUGCCUUAUAUCAAUAGCUUAGGAUCUGACAUAUCAAUGUCAUUACUAUAAACCAAGCUUAUUAUCCAAACGUUUAGGACAGGUCUGAAUGAUUUGUGGUUGUGUGGAUAUAAAACAGUUUCUUACCACUGACAUUAUUUUACACCUUAGGCUGGGUUCACACUAUUGUAAAUUGGAUGCCGAUUUCUCUGCAUCCAAUUCGCAUAGCAGGAGAUUGUGACCAGGUCACUAUGGAGCCGGUUCACACAUCUCCACAGCAGCUCCGGUGCAAAUUGAACAGGAGCUCUGUGUGUCUUGGUCUGUUUCAGGUCUGAAUUCAGCCCGAAAUCAGACCUGAUACGGUGAAUGGAGACGCACCAGACUUUAGUGUGAACCCAGCCUUGGUGUUGUAUUACUAGAAGUAGCAUGCUGAUAGAGACUGCUAAACUGGCUUUCAAUUGCCAGUGUUGCAUCAGAGUAAUGUUUUUACUGGAAUUUUACCUACUGCAGGUAGAUUUUUCCACAUCUUUCAACAUUUCUAACUGCACACUUUUCUGCAUUUUUUUUUUAGCUGAUGAGUUAUUAAUUAACCUUUGAGGUCCCAUCAAGUAUAUCUACUCCUCCCCCCAAUACACACACACCACCGCCUAUCAGGUGAACCCAAACGAUUGGGGCUUGUCAUGAAAACUGGUUUUACCUGGUGUUAUUUGGGAUGUGUGAAAGUUGCCUUGUGUAUAGCCACAAUUCUGACUUGACGAACAUUUAAUAUUCCUAAUUUUAGCCAUAGAACAUGACUUCAUUUUUAGCUCGGUGGCACUUAUGUAGUAAAGCGCAAGCUAUACUUUCACGUUGCUCCUUACUAUAAUGGAUCAGCCUACAAGUGUGAUGUCACACAAGUCUGUAAGCCUAUGUUUUCCUUAAUAGAUGAAGACAGUACAAAGGCAUGUAUUGGGAUACUUUUCAAUUUAGAAAAGUUCUCCAUAGACCAACCCUUAUCCAAUAUCAUCCGAACCAAACAGAAGAAGGAAGUUAACCAAACGAUGUUCCUGAUUUUGUGCAAGAUUUGCCUGUCUUGGAGAUGAUGGGAUUAAUGUGUCUGCUGUGCAGCUUGUGGCUGGAGAAAGUUUACAGAAAAGAUAAUCACAAAAUAAGUUUCAUGAUUUACUGAGCAUGAAAAUAACCAGCUGAAUUGCCUAUGACUCAUAGAGAAAAAAAACAUUUUCCCACUAACUUAUUCUGCCAGCAAGUAUUUAUGAAGCUCUAUUUUUAUGUAGCUAUAAAAUUAAUAUUUGUACACAGUAUAGCAAAUGGCUUAUACAUUAUGGAAACAGUGGGUGUUGCAUUCCAGGAGUGGCUGUUGCAUUCACAGAAAACAAUGGAGCCUCUAGCUCCUUGGAAGGACAUGAUUUGCAUUAAAGCACAUUUUGUUACAAUAACAUGGAAACAACUUACAAAAACGGCACAUCUGCUGUUUCAUAAAGCCUGGUAUCUGUGCCAGAGCUGUCCACAUGCUUCUCAGCAUUUUACUGUCAUUUAUUUAUUUAAAUAUGUUAAAUGCCUAAUUCUAUCUAAUACGCAAUACAGUUUUCUUAAUACAAUUCUAAAAAUAUAACUGAACUGACAAACAGUAAAGAACAUUAUGUUUCAUGCAGUUGUAGUCAUUCAAUCGUGGUCAAUGGUCAACUGUAUUUUGGAUUCUGGCCUAGUAAAUGACAUACUGCUUUUGUAUCCCCUGUCAGGAUGUUGCUUUUCUGAAAUUCACCAGAAUUCCCAGCUCCAAAUUACUGUCCCGCCAUUCCAAAGCCAAAUGAUGGCUCUCUUAUCAAUGGAUUCCCCUAAAGACUGGGAAAGCCAGCAGCAAGAAGUUGACACCUUAGUGAAAUUUGCUACAUAGUAAAUACUUGACCUGAUUGUAGCCGUUUUAACAUUCUGCUAAAAAAAAUUGUGAUUCAGUACUGCUUGGACCUUGAAGAAGGGGACAUACCCGGAAGGGUGUCCUGAAAAAUAUAGGUAGUGCAAAAUGUGUUGGUGCAAAUAAAAAAAGUAUCACGGACAGUACUCAAUUUUCUCUACAUAGUGAAGAAAGGGGGAAAGCUAUACUACAACCGAACAAUCUGCCAUUUGACCUGUUUUGAUGCUUCUCAGAACUGCCAGUGAUACCGUUUAGUAAAACAGCCAUCUAGAGUUCUUUGCACUGCCACAAAUAUCUCAAAUCAAAAAACACAAUAGACAGUCUACAUACAAAACACCAGAUUUAUUAAAGGGGAAAUCUGCUCCUUUUGCCCGCACACAUGUUUCUACUGCAACAUUGUGGUCACAAAAGGUGAAUCUGGUUGCUAUGGCCAAGAAAAAUAGAUCUUCCUUGUAAAAAAAAA